AUGUCCGCUCCGAAUGACGGACCUGAUGGCUACAAGUUGUUCGUUGGAAGCCUACCCUCAGAUUGCACAUCAGAGGAGCUACAUUCAGUGUUUUCAACUUACGGCAUAGUAAGCCAUGUCCACAUGAUGAAUCCGCACCCCAGAUCUGGCCAAAGGUGUGCCUUCCUCUCUUAUUCGACUAAAUCUGCUGGCGACGAUGCAUGCAAAGUGCUGGACAACCAGUACAAGAUAAGAAGAGAUGCACCGCAUCCAAUUGUAGUUCGAUGGGCCAAGGAUUCUGGCUACGAGCCGAAUGGCGCAAAAGCAGCAGGUGAUUGGGAGAGCAGCCAGCCAAAGAAGACGGAGGCAUCUCCAGAUGGUCACAAACUUUUUGUCGGUGGCCUUCCUCACGAUGUUUCGGAAGAAGAGCUGAGAAUAGUGUUUGACACAUAUGGAGUUGUCCAGCAUUGCCACCUCAUGGGCAUUCAUCCCAAAUCCGGGCAGAGGUGUGCUUUCGUGUACUACAAGACGCAGGAGUCCGCGCAGGACGCCAUCAAGGUUUUAGACAAGAUCUACAAGAUCAGAGAAAAUGCCCUCCACCCGAUACAGGUCCGAUGGGCGAACAAAGACAGCCUGAAGUCCGCUCUCGGGGACAUCAAGGGAGUCGGGAAGGGCGAGUGGCCUACAAGCCAACGACCAGACUGGGCAAAUAGCAAGGGUGAUGAGUACUGGACCAAAGGCAGAAGUGACUACUACGGGAAAGGCGCUUGGAUUGGCAAGGGCAAGGAGGGCAAGGAGAAGGGCAAGUCCUGGAGCAGCUGGGAGGACACAUCUGCUUGGAGCUCUUGGCCUAAGGGCAAGGAGAAGGGGUGGUACGACUGGGGGAAAGGUUGGGACAAAGGAGGUGGUUGGGGUGGAAGUUGGGAUCGCAGCAAAGGCAGCUGGCAAGGUGAUGCCUGGCUAGAUGAUGGCUGGAGUCAUCACAACGGCCAUGGUAAAGGGAGAGAUGGAGCCUGGAAAGGCACCCGGGAAGAGCCCAGAUUAGACCCUACAGGCACCAAGCUGUACGUAGCCAACCUCCCGGAAGACAUCCAGGAGAGCGCGAUCGAGUAUGUUUUUGGCACUUAUGGUACGGUCGAGAAAGUGCAUCUCAUGACCGGCAAGGUGAAGCAAGGAAGUAUAUCGGCCUUUGUGGAGUACGGUGACUCCGAGGAGGCAAGCACCGCGAUUAUGUCCUUGGACAACAAGUACGAAAUUAGAAAAGGGUACGGGCCUCUCCAGGUCCGGCUAGCCAAUGCUUCAGCCUCAUCCGGCAAGGGCAAGUCUUAUCGCGC